GACACGCAAUAAACACAACAUAAGAAACUUAUCAAAUUAUUGCAGCUUUGAAAUCAAAUGGCUCCCAAUUUAAAUUUAAAUUUAAAUGAUGAUAACUCACUCUUCAACUUUGUCGUAAAAGAAGGCAAUGGUGUCAAAGGUCUGGUGGACUUGGGCCUUACCGAGGUACCGGGUCGAUACGUCCAGCCACCACACCUCCGAAUCAACAAGCAAGAGGUUGCUGGUUCACUCGAAAACGUGACCAUUGAUGUAUCUGAGCUUGAUGGUCCCAACCAUGAACAAGUGGUGAAGGCCAUUGUCCAUGCAUCUGAAACUCUAGGGUUCUUCCAGGUGGUUAACCAUGGUGUGCCGUUGGAAGUGCUGGACUCGCUUAUAGUUACAGCCCACCAGUUUUUUGGUCAACCAGUAGAGAAGAAGACUGUGUAUCUGAAGGAGGUUAGACCUAGUCCCCUUGUCAAGUAUGGCACUAGCUUUGCUCCUGAGAAUGAGAAGGCUUUGGAGUGGAGAGACGUUCUUAACAUGUUUUAUACCAAUGAUGCGGAUGCUCGUCAGUCUUGGCCUAAUGAUUGCAAGGAGGUGGUGCUCGAGUUCAUAAAGACGUCAUCGGAGAUGGUUCAAAAGCUAUUACAAGCACUCAUCGGGAACCUUGGGGUAAAACUAGACGACUCAAGACUCCAUGAACUUUCAGGUUCUGAUAUCGUGAACAUGAACUUCUACCCGGCCUGUCCAAACCCGGACCUAACCGUUGGCGUGGGAAGGCACUCGGAUAUAGGCAUGCUAACAGUGCUUCUACAAGAUGGAAUUGGUGGAUUAUACGUGAAAAAAGGUGAUCAAAAUGCAUCACCGGGAAAUGAAGUGUGGGUUGAGAUUCCACCCAUAAAAGGUGCUUUGGUUAUUAAUGUUGGUGAUUCACUACAGAUUUUAAGCAAUGGAAGGUAUAAAAGUGCAGAACACACAGUGCGAACCACGGACGUCGAGUCAAGAGUGUCAGUCCCAAGAUUCAUCUCACCACUGCCCACGGCAAAAAUUGGACCGUUUCCUGAGCUGGUGGCUCGUGACGGGGUGGCUCGAUAUAAGGAGGUUAUAUAUGGAGAGUACUGGAAAAGCUACUUUGAGAAGUCUCUAAAUGGAAAGAAGUCCCUUGAUUUUGCAUCUAUUUGAUUAACAAGGACCGUUUGAGACCAAGUUCUAUUCCUCGUCUUAUAUUUAAUAAAAGACUUUCUUUGUUGUAAUAAUAAAAGCAAGUCUACAAAGACAUUCUUAUAUUUAAUAAAAGACUUGCUUUGUUGUAAUAAUAAGGGAAAUUGACUUGUAAUAAUCCCAUCUAGACCUUAUUGACCAUUAAUAAUCCCACCUCAGAAUAUUUCCCCCACCAGUCCCACCUUUCACAUAUUUUUCCUACAAUGGUCCCCCGUUUAAAAAACUUAACGGAGUUAAGCCUACAACUAAUAAUUCGACGAAGACUUCUUUAAUUUUCCCAUCAUUUUUUCUUAUUUUAAACAGUUUAUGAAAGUGAAGUUUCUCAAAUCUUUUUCUAAUUUUAAAUAGCAGGCCGUCCUCGAGAAUGAGAAAAAACUUUUAGGCCU